UCCAAUAGCAUAUCACACAAGUCUUUAGAUACUUCUCUUUUUAGCUUUCAUCUAUCAUUGGUGUAAUGAUGAUGAUGCAUAACACGUUCAUGCGCUUCUUGAUUCCUUUGUUGGUUCUUGCCACUUUCUGUUUGGCUAAUUCUGCUAUAGCAACAUCUCAAGUUUCAGAGAAUGAAGUGAAGCUUGGAGACCAAGAAUUGGCAAAGACAAAACCAGAAGUUCAUAAUGAAGAAGAAAAAUUCCUUUUCCAUCAUCAUAAGUCACUCUUCAAGAAACAUAUUCCAAUUGUGAAACCUAUUCCAGUGUAUAAGCCUAUUCCAAAACCAAUUCCAAUCGUAAAGCCUAUUUAUAAGCCAGUUCCUAUUUAUAAACCAAUCCCAAAACCCGUAAUAGUGAAAAAACCGGUCCCUAUUCCAGUAUUCAAGCCGGUUCCAAAGCCAAUUCCAAUUGUUAAGCCUAUUCCGGUUUUUAAACCUAUUCCAAAACCAAUUCCAAUUGUUAAACCUAUUUAUAAGCCGGUUCCCAUAUAUAAGCCAAUUCCAAAACCAAUAUUUGUUAAACCAUACCCUAAAAAACCUUAUUUUCCUCCACAGAAUAGUCCUUAAGUUAUUGAAACAGAAGAAAAGGGAAUUAUAUAUUAAUUAAUUAAAUAUCAUCAAUUCAAAAAACCCUUUCUCCCACCAUUACCAUUUCACAAGGCAAUUCCAACUCCAUUAUUAUAUUAGAUGAUGAUAAGGCUCAUAAUAUCUACAGUCCCAAAAAUAAUCUCUUGUGCUUAAUGUUAUUUCUAAUGAAUGUCUAAUAUUUAUAGUUA